GUCAGCGCUGCAGACCGAGAUCUUUCACCUGCCGGGCAGCAGUUCUCCUUUAGAUUAUCACCUGAAGCUGCCAUCAAACCAAAUUUUACAGUCCGUGACUUCGGAAACAACACAGCUGGAAUUGAAGCCAAAAGAAAUGGAUACAGCCGCAGACAACAAGAGUUGUAUUUUCUCCCUGUUGUAAUAGAAGACAGCAGCUAUCCUGUCCAGAGCAGCACAAACACCAUGACUAUUCGAGUUUGCAGAUGUGACUCUGAUGGGACCAUCCUGUCUUGUAAUGUGGAAGCAAUUUUUCUACCUGUAGGACUCAGUACUGGGGCUUUGAUAGCAAUCCUACUGUGCAUUAUUAUACUCUUAGUCAUCGUUGUGCUGUAUGUAGCUCUGAGACGACAAAAGAAGAAAGACACUCUGAUGACCUCUAAAGAAGACAUCAGAGACAACGUUAUCCAUUAUGAUGAUGAAGGAGGCGGGGAGGAGGACACCCAGGCUUUCGACAUUGGUGCUCUGAGAAAUCCAAAAGUGAUCGAAGAUAAGAAAAUUCGCAGGGAUAUAAAACCAGACUCUCUCUGUUUACCUCGGCAGAGACCACUGGUGGAGGAUAACACAGACAUAAGGGAUUUUAUUAAUCAAAGGCUACAGGAAAAUGACGUGGACCCAACUGCCCCACCGUACGAUUCGUUGGCAACAUAUGCCUAUGAAGGAAAUGGAUCAGUAGCAGACUCCCUUAGC